AUGUUGUUGGAUCAGAUACUUUUAUUAUCUCUUACAGGCGUUACAACCGCCGCUUUGCUUCCUGAGAAACAGCAAUCUUCAACUUCUACUUCAGAUGUUCCACAGUACUUUCAGACCACGCCGGAACUCUGGGCAGGGCCAACCGCUACUGGUCGAGCUCCUUUCCUGGCCCAGACAAAUCCCGUCUCGUUUGCACCAACUGUGACUUUCGUCCCCAAUACUCCUCUUGAAACUGCCCAGCCUAUUGUAGGCCAAGGCCAGAAUCAGAGUAUAUUCCAACUUAUGGGAAAUCUUUCUCCUUAUUUACCUAAUCCAUCCGGAUUUGGUGUUGCGGAGUAUCCAUUACCACCGGGAGCUAAAAUCGCUCAACUUCAGAUGCUCUCACGUCAUGGAUCACGUUAUCCUACAGUAGGAAGUAAUGUUGAAGUCUUUGGCGAGAAAGUCGCAAACAAUACAGAGAAGCUCAAUGCCACUGGAGCCCUCUCGUUCUUGAACGACUGGAAAUACGGAUUAGGUCAUGAAAUUCUCGUUCCUCGUGGAAGACAAGAGUUGUAUGACAGUGGAAUUUUGCAUUACUAUCAAUAUGCACAACUGUACAAUCCUCAUAGUAAAAUCAUCGCAAGAACUACUACCCAAGAUCGGAUGCUCAAGAGCGCGGAAUAUUUCAUGGCAGGCUUCUUUGGUCUUGAAUGGACAAACAAUGCCACUAUUGAGGUCAUUAUUGAGUCCCAGGGCUACAAUAACAGUCUAGCAGGUUACGAUAAUUGUCCAAACUCGAAUAAUUAUAGAAGUGCUGGAGGAUCAAAUGCUUCAGACCAGUGGGUUGCUGUAUAUCUCCAAGAUGCCACCACUCGAUUUCAAUCCAUGGUCUCACCGGAGUUCAAUUGGACUGUCACAGACACCUACGCAGCUCAAACGUUGUGUCCAUACGAGACUCCUUUUGGAGCAAGAUUAGACAUCGAACUUAUUAAGACACCAAAGCCAUUAGCAGCGAAUAGGACGUAUAUCGAUGGAAAGGAAACUACGUAUAUACACUUCAUUCUCAACCAGAGAACGAUACCUUUGGGAUUCAGUUUCUUGGAGUGUGGAGUUGAUAGGUUGGAUGGGUGGUGUGAGCUGGAAACUUUUUUGAAAGUGCAGAGUAAAUCUACAGAAGAAGCUCAGUAUGAAUAUGCUUGCUUUGGAGAUUAUCCUGCGGAGCCAUAUGGAAGCGUCAAGAAUGAAAACCAAGGACUGCGGGCCGCGCAAAUUGGAUUUUUGAGCUCUCCGUCAUUGUCUGUUUAUGGUACGGGCACCACAGAACGAUUAUAG